AUGCCAUACGACAGUCUCAAAUACCUGGUCCAACAGAACAAACGUCAUCAGCACAGCCUCGACCACCCCAAUUCUCCAUGCAAGCGUAUCGCGCUGCCGACGGAACUUCAAUCACGGACUACACGGUUCACCUGGGCGCUCAAUCUGAGUAAAAUCCCUGAAGAACAGCAUUCUCAUUAUGCAUGUGUCUAUAUGGGUUCUGAGCUCAACGAUGCCUUAAAGAUCCUUGUCAGUCCUGAAGAUCCAGAAUAUUUAACAUAUACUCAAAUUCAAACGAAACUUACUGUUCAUUUCGACGCAACACGCAAUAAGUUUGCUGAAAGUAUCAAAUUUCGAAGCAUCAUGCAAAAACCAGAAGAAUCCAUUGUUAGUUUUACCUUAAGACUGCGACAAGCUGCAACCUAUUGUGAAUAUGAAGCAUUCCUCGACAGAAUGUUGAUUGAACAAAUGCUCGCAGGUCUAGAGUCAAGAGAAAUGUGUGACGAAAUCAUCGCCAAGAAGCCAGAGAACUUCACCGCUGCAUACGAAAUUGCCUACGCACUCGAAGCCACUCGAAACACUGCUGACGAAGUAAAGACCGCUGUCGUCAAACCAGAUACAACGAACAAGAUUGGAUACGAAAAACCUCCAUUUCGAAAGAAUGGUAAUCAGCGACCAAACAGUUCAUCAACACGCCGAUACCAGAAAUCACCAAAUCAAGCAAGGUAUCACCCAUCAAAUCAGACAUCCAAAGACAAUCAGCCAGUAUGCUCAGGUUGUGGUGAAAAUCACCCUCGAAGUCAGUGCAGAUUCCUCAACGCCAACUGUCUCAAGUGUGGAAAGAAGGGACACAUCAGCAAGGUAUGUCGAUCGAAGACAACAAGGGAUACAAAUCUUAUCACUGAAGAUAAACCAGCAGAAAACAUUGAUGUCGUGCAGCAUCUCAGUAAACUAGAGGUAACUGGAACAGUCCAGUCAUCACCAAAGAAGCUGAUUGAUGUCAACAUAGAGGGAACCACUGUCAAAAUGGAACUUGACACCGGCGCUCCAUGCUCUAUCAUAGCCAAAUCAAAAGUAGCUACAAUCAAACCAGAGUUUCAGUUACAGAAGACAGAUCGUCACUUCGCUAGUUACACGGGUCACCGCAUCAACUGCAUUGGAAAGACGUCCGUCAACGCCACCAUUGGUACCACCACUAGCAACCUAUACCUCUACGUAGUUGAAGGAGAGUGUGAGACGCUACUUGGACGAGAAUGGAUCUCUGAGUUUGCCCAAGAGAUCAACUUUGAACGCCUCUUUGCAAAACCUGAUCUAAUUCAUAAUCUGUCAGUCAAACAACCCCUGUCCUUAGAGCAUCAAAGACAACUUGACCACAUCCUCAACCUGUACCAAGACGUAUUCAGCAACGUCCCUGGAAAAAUCUCAGGACCACCAGCGAAAAUGCAUUUGAAAAAUGGUGCUACUCCUAUCUUCGCCCGUGCUCGAGAUAUCCCAGUUGCUCUCCGUGAUGAGUACGCCAAGGAAAUCGAGUCCAAAAUUUCUUCAGGCUUCUACAAAAGAGUCGAUUAUUCAGAGUGGGCAUCAACAACACACGUUGUCGUCAAGAAGAAUGGGAAACUGAGAAUCACUGGUAACUACAAGCCAACACUCAACCCAAGGAUCAUCAUCGAUGAACAUCCGAUUCCGAAGUUCGAACACCUGUUCCACCGAAUGCGGGGCGCUUCUCUUUUCUGCCACUUGGAUGUUACAGACGCCUACGCCCAUCUCGAGGUCGAUGAAGAGUUCAGUCAUGCACUAACGCUCAAUACUCCAACUCAUGGUCUCAUCCGGCCAAAACGAGCAGUGUAUGGCGCAGCCAACAUUCCUGCUAUCUGGCAAAGACGAAUGGAGACAGUGCUACAAGGACUUGAAAAUGUCACCGAUUUAGGCAACAUGGGCUCAAGCUAA